UAUUUCCGAAAAAAAUGUAACGUAUACGUAGAAAGAAGUAAGCCCUAUAAAAAACAAAAACAAAAAUUAGGGAUUCCUAAACCAUUGAUUAUCACCAUAAUCCUCAUUAGUUCCUCACUAGUCGUCAUCCCCUCUAAACCAUGGACACCGUGAGCUCCUACGCCACGCUCCUCCGCCAGUGCUCCACUCCCUCCUCGAUCAACCAAGGCCGCCAGCUCCACCGCCAAAUCGUCCACGCCGGCCUCGCCACCGAUCGCUUCCUCUCCAAUCUCCUCCUCCAAAUGUAUGGCAAAUGCGGCGACCUCGACUCCUUGCUCCGCGUCUUCCACUCCAUCCCCACCAAGAACGCCUUCUCCUGGAGCAUCGCCAUCUCGGCCCUGGUCGACCACCGCAAUCUCCCCCUGGCGCACGCCCUCUUCGAUCAAAUGCCCACCAAGGACGAGUUCUCCGCCACCGCGCUGCUAGCCGGCUAUGCCGCGGCCGGGGACCUCCCCUCCGCGGAGAAGCUCUUCCUCUCCAUGCCCUCCAGGGACACCAUCGCCUGGAACUCCAUGAUCGCCGCCUACGCCCGCCACGGCCGGAUGAUCCACGCCAAGACCACCUUCGACGCCGCGCCGAGGAGAAACUCGUCCUCCUGGAACGCGAUGAUCGCCGGGUAUGCCCAGAACGGGCACUGCAAGGCCGCGCUCCACCUCUUCCGCGCCAUGAACAACGAAGGCCAGCGCUGCGACAUGGUCACCUUCGUUGCCGCCAUCGAUGCCUGCGCCGGCCUCUCGGCGCUCGUCGCUGGGAGAUCACUCCACUCCAUCGCCGCCGGGGCCGGGCUCGUCGCCCACGUCGAGAUCUCCACCGCCAUCGUCAACAUGUACGCCAAGUGCGGCAAUCUCGACGACGCCACCAUGGUCUUCUCGAGCAUCCGGAACAAGAACUUGAUCUCCUGGUCUACCAUGAUCACGGCCUUCGUCCAAAACGGCCACACCGAUCGAGCUCUCGAUGCUUUCCUGGCCAUGAACGUCGACGGCCUCUUCCCCGACGCUGUCACCUUCAAGAGCAUCCUCUCGGCUUGCAGCCAUGCCGGCCUCUUCGAGCACGGCUUCUUCCACUUCGACCUCCUCGUCCACGACUUCGGCAUCGCUCCCACCAUGGACCACUUCAAGUGCAUGGUCGAUCUUCUCGGGCGAUCCGGACGCUUGCUCGAGGCCGAGGAGCUCGUCCAGACCAUGCCUUUCGUCCCGGACGAUGUAACUUGGAACACUCUCCUCGCCGCCUGCCGCGUCCACAAGAGCGUCGAGAGAGGGAAGCGAGCCGCGGAGAUGCUGCUGGAGCUCACCAGCGAGAUCCCUGGCUACUACGUGCUGCUGUCCAACAUCCAUGCCGCGGCUGGAGAUCACGCCGAGAAGGCGAAAGUGAGGGACCUGAUGGAAGCCCGCGGCGUGAGGAAGAAGCCCGGGUGGAGCACCAUCGAGAUCAAUGAUCGCUUCCACGAGUUCACGGCCGGGGAGAAGUUCCAGCACCCCAAGAAGCAGCAGAUCCUGGAAGAGCUCAAGCGGCUGAGUGUUCUCAUGAAGGAAGCCGGUUACGUGCCAGAUACCACCGAGGUGCUCAGGCUCGUGAACGAGGACGAGAAGGAGAGCCUCCUCUUCUUCCACAGCGAGAAGCUCGCCAUCACCUGUGGUCUCAUCAGCACUCCACCGGGAACGACGCUGAGAGUCGUCAAGAACCUGAGAGUCUGCUCCGACUGCCACUCGGCCACCAAGUUCAUUUCCAAGAUCACCCGGCGGAAGAUCAUUGUCCGGGACCUCAACCGCUUCCACCACACCGAGAACGGUGUUUGCUCCUGCGGCGACUACUGGUGAGCGAGCAGGUUCCUCCUCCCCUAAGCUUGAA